UCGUUUCUGCCAACACUCCGGUCAACAUGUAUCUUGUAUGAAGUUUUCAUUUAAUUUAAUUAAUAAAUUAAAUUCUAAAAUAGAUGAUGAAAAACUAUCAAUAUUUAUUGGUUUUCUUCAUCGUGACGAUUUAUGGUGUUGAUGCAGAUGAUUUCUAUUUUGGAACAUUCCCCAGUGAUUUUAAUUGGGGUCUAACGACAUCAGUUUAUAACGCAAGCACAGAUGGUAAUUAUACAGCAAUCCAGAAACUUUACGAUGAUAUUCAAGGACUGAAAGAGCUUGGGGUAAAAACAUUAAAGUUUUCCCUGGAUUGGAGUUCAAACCUUGAUCCUGCCACUGAACAGUUCUAUAGUCUGAUGAUCAAGGAGUUACAGAAUAAUGGCAUAGAACCACAUAUUACAUUAUUUGAUGAUGAAAUUCCACAAACAAUACAGGCUACCGGCGGUUGGCUCCAGGAUAGCAGUAUCAAUGCCGCAUGCGACCUUGCCGAGAAAGUUUUUAAUCUGUAUGACAGUAAGGUUAAACUCUGGACCACCAUUGCUGACCCGGUCAAAUUAGCAACUGAUAUGUACAGUAGUAGAAGAGACAACAGCGUGUAUAAAGCUGUCCACAACAUGUUGUUGGCACACAGUUGCAUUUAUCAUCGGUAUAAUGAUGCUAAACUUACAGGACAAAUUGGCAUUGGCCUGCGAGGGGUUUGGUUUGAACCGGAACGAGUAACGGAACCUUUCAUAAAUGAUACACUAGAAAAAGUGUUCCAAUUUGAAAUUGGAUGGAUGCUUGACCCUUUAAUAAACACUGGUGACUAUCCUAAAGUUAUGAAAGAUAUUCUUACUGACAAACUACCAGAGUUUACGGACAUCCAAAAGCGUUCAAUUAAUGGUUCUGCCGACUUUAUUACUGUAAACUAUUAUGAAACUUGGCUUGUUACUAGAGAUGACUUUGCUGAUAAUGGCGCGAUAUUGAAAAGGAACCAGAUGUGGAAAAGAGAAGACGAUCCAUUGACAUAUAUGCAUCCGGAAGGUUUAAGGAAACUUCUGAAGAGUUUAAACGAGAGGUAUACUGUUGAUAUAUAUGCUGAACUUCCGGACGUCAAUGAAAUUGCUGCUGGUGUUAGGGAUAUACUGAGAGUCGAAUCCAUUAGGGAGCACACACACGAAGUCUUGAAGGGUAUGUUGGAAUCAUAUUUAGACAAUAAAGCUGCACUCUGCUAUAUACUACAAUGUAAAAACUUAUUAUUCCAUGAUUAA